ACAGUUUAAUGAAAUCUGAUCGUGUGUAGUUCCAAUUUACACAGCGUUACGUUAGGAAUUGUCUGACCCGUAACACAAUUGUACGAUGGCAAACACGGAUCCGAAUCAAACCUUGGCGGUGAUGUUACAAUGCACGAGGGAACGUGAAUGCAUCGUUGUACCGUUUUUAGAAGGCAACCAUCAACACGAGCAGCAGCUCCUACUUUAGUAUUUGAAAAUGGUCCAUUAAGGUUGGUGGAGGCCAGCAAUGAGUCAAAACUGUCCCUGCCUGUGGACCGAGGUUCCCCAGGCCAGCACUGCCCCAUGUGACCGCUGCAAGCAUGCCUGCUGUGCCUACGAUGGCUAUGUCUAUAUCCUGGGAGGAAGAGACAACAGCACUCUACGGGAUUUCUGGAGGUACAGUGUUGUGCGCAAUGAAUGGACAGAGUUGAGCUGCAGAGGAGAGACGGCACCAGAAGAAGUCGAGGAACAUUCCAUGGUCGUUCAUAAGGGCUUCAUAUACGUGUUUGGAGGCAUACUGGAUUCUGCAUAUACUGCGCUGACAUGUCCUCUGUGGGUGUUUGAUAUUGCAAAGCAGAAAUGGCUGCACUGUCAGAGAAAGACAAGCUCUCUUCAGACCCAGAUGCCGACUAACAGGAAGGGCCAUAGUGCGGUGGUGGUGGGCUCAUCCAUGCUCAUGUACGGCGGCUUCAUAGACAUAAAAGGAUCUUCUCAGGAGUUCUGGAGUUUGGAUUUUGAUACCAUGGUUUGGGCACUGAUCGGUGGUAAUCAGCAUGGGUCCCUGAGCCCAGGACCAAGACACAGUCACUCUGCAAUGGUCUACCAAACUUGCAUGUACCUGUUCGGUGGCUUGAAAGGCUUGCGAGAGCAGAGAGACUUCUGGAAGUGGAAUUCUGACAGCCGUACAUGGAGUUCACUCAAAACCAAAUUGGGACCCUCCAAACUCUUUGGUCACUCAGCUGUGGUCUACAAGGACGGCAUGCUUAUUUUCGGGGGAGGAGAGAGCCAGAACUAUCCAAACAACUUCCUGUGGAGGUACACCUUCUCCACUCACACGUGGAGUCAGGUGAACACAGUGCCGGGGUCAUCACGCUCUCCGGACAAGAUGCACCACUGUUGUGUCGCUAUAGGUGCUGCCUAUGCCAGCGUCUGCUCAGAAGCCCACACGAGACUUGAGCACGGAAAGUUCAAGCCGUUCAAAAACAAAUGUUUUCCUGCUGCCCUCACUUUUCUGGGCUCGGAGGGUGCUAUAGAGCUUCAGACGUUCAAGCUGGACACGUGUCCCGAGGCAGAAUGUGGCGGUGACCCUGCAGAAACGGACAAAAUUGUUGGCAGCUGUCUGACGUACGAAAACAGAGCUUUCAGCAAACAUUGGAGCUGCACAGAAAAUGAGCUGCAAGAUGAGGAUGCUGAAGACAUAUCACAACAUUUGCCCAACCUCUUACUGGUGCUGGGGGGCCGACCGUGCGCCAAAUAUAAACCCAUUUCUGUGUGGCAGAUGACUCUGGGAGACACUUGACAGCACUCUUGAAACCAGGAUACCCUUAUUCUGAGAAGAACAGUGUUCACAGUGCCAUGACACCUUUUUAAUGCCAACACAUACAUGAUAUAUAAACACUUAAUAUACCUACGUUAUUUACAUUUUUUACACAUCAUGAUGUUAGGAUUGCAUGUGAAUAAAUGGUCACUCUUACACAGCCAUGCAGAACUUACCUUUUGGGAGGUAAGUAAGACACUUUUAUGCUAAUAGAGUUCAACUAACAACCACUUAAAGGCCUACUGAAAUGAAUUUUUUUUAUUUAAACGGGGAUAGCAGAUCUAUUCUAUGUGUCACACUUGAUCAUUUCGAGUUAUUGCCAUAUUUUUGCUGAAAGGAUUUAGUAUAGAACAACGACGAUAAAGACCACAACUUUUGGUAUCUGAUAAAAAAAGGCUUGCCCCUACCGAAAGUAGCGUGACGUAGUCAAUUGAACAUAUCCGCAAAGUUCCCUAUUGUUUACAAUGAUGGCCGCCAGAAGUGAGAGAGAUUCGGACCGAGAAAGCGACGAUUCCCCCAUUAAUUUGAGCGAGGAUGAAAGAUUUGUGGAUGAGGAAAGUGCAAGUGAAGGACUAGUGGGGAGUGGAAGCGAUUCAGAUAGGGAAGAUGCUGUGAGAGCCGGGGGCGACCUGAUAUUCAGCUGGGAAUGACUACAACAGUAAAUAAACACAAGACAUAUAUAUACUCUAUUAGCCACAACACAACCAGGCUUAUAUUUAAUAUGCCACAAAUUAAUCCAGCAUAAAAACACCUAGGUGUUUGUUAUGCUAGCUCCUAGCUCCUAGCUACCAGCUCGAGCUAGUUAUAGCUCGAGCGGGUUAUAUGGACGGGAUCCCGUCUAUAUAACCCGCCAAUACAAUUCAAACACCUGCACAACACACACACUCACUCAGCCCAAAGGACCGUUCACCUAACCCAGGGGUCACCAACGCGGUGCCCGCGGGCACCAGGUCGCCCGUAAGGACCAGAUGAGUCGCCCGCGGGCCUGUUCUAAAAAAAAAAAAAAAAAAAAUUUUUUUUUUUUUUUUUUUUUUUUAAAUCAAAUCUACAUAGAAAAAACACAAGAUACACUUUCAAUCAGUGCAUCAACCCAAACAACCUCCCCCAUGCACACUCAUCCACACCCACUCACACAAAAGGGGUUAUUUCUUUCUGCUACCAAUAUUCUGGUUCCCACAACAUAGACAACACAUCUGCAAGGGACACAGUCCCUGAAGCACACAUGAUUGUAUAGGCUGCUGGUCCACUAACAUUUUCCUUAAUUACUAUUUUUUAUGUAAUUAUUUUUAUAUUGUUUUACUUUCUUUUUUAUCCAAGAAAAUGUUUUUUAUUUAUUUUAAAAAAGGGCCUUAUCUUCAACAGACCAGGUUGUCAAUGAAAUUAGAUUUGUUUAAAGGGUUUUUUAAACCAGGCCCAGUCCAGAUAAUGUCCAAGUCGGACUCAGCAACACACACCUUCAUUCAUGUACACAGAAAAAAAUUAGGGAACACAACAGAUUGCAUAUCAUUUAUAAACAAAAUUACAUUUUCAAAAUAAGCAUUUAUGUACAGUCCAGAUUAUGUCCAGGUCACUCAAAUUAGGGAACACAACAACAGAUAUAUAAUCUAUAAACAUAAUUAUACUUUCAAAAUAAGCCUUUGAGGACUUCUCAUCUUUUUUUUAAUGUUUUUUGGCAUCAUUAUCGUUUUCAACCAUGUAACUUUCUAAAGUUACAAAAUACUGAAUAAAUGUUUUAAAGAAAGUAAUACUAAGUGAAUAUCUGUUUUUGGCCUUAAAAAUAAACAUUUUACCGAGUACUAUAAUUAAAUUGACUAAAUCAUGAUUGUCAAUGAACUCUCCUAAAAUAACAGAAACCACAUUAAGCUUCAUAAACAAACCAAUCCUUAAACACAUUUUUUCAACUUCCACCCAAAACAAAGACACAAUAUGACAAUACCAAAAAAAAUGUAGGGUGGAUUCAGGCUCCUGACAACAAAAUCGGCAAUCAUCUGACUCUGUCAUAUUCCAUAAUUUUAACAUUUUCCCUGUGGGUAAGAAGUUAUAAAUAAUUUUAAUUUGAAAAUAACGAUUUUGCACAUCGAUAGUGGUUUUAUAGAUUAGUUUGAAUAUGGCAUCCCAUGGCAACGGGCAGUCAAAAAAGUCCUCCCAUUUUCCAUUUGUGUUGUAUGAGGCAGCCUUCAAAGAUUUCUUUAUUAAAUAAAAAUUAUAUAUUUUUCUAU